UAGUAUAUGACGUUAUUUCCAUCAAAAAGUUACUAGAAAAAAAAAAGCGAGAAUUCAACCAUGGCGAAAAGAUCAUCAUCAUCAAUUAUUUUCAUUCUUCUGCUAAUUUGUCUCUUCCAUGGGAACACGAUCGUUGCAUUCCAGCGUCAUAAAUUAGGGCGGGGGACAGAGUUUUGCGACAGAUUCGCUUCUUUUCCUCAAAAGUUUUUGCACAUCCGAGGUGGUUAUUGCAAUGACUCAGUAUGUGAUAACGCAUGCAGAAACAAGUUCGGAGGUAUUGGACUAGUUGUUGCUGGGCAAUGUGAGCACAAGUCUUGUGCAUGCUAUGCCCCUUGCUACGUUCUUUUUGAUCCACCACAAGCAGAUGCAAAAUUAAACUAACGAGAUAGACCAAUUUCCUUGCAACUAAAUAAAUGAAUUGGCAGACUCCAAUUAUCAAUUGUCUAGUAGUUACAAGUUAUUUUUUGGUAUAUUAUAUCUUUUGUUCCUGCUUUGUUGUUUAAUAGAUCAACAAUAGGGAAUAUAGAUAGCUACCUAGUCAAUGAAAAGAUUAAUAAAGGUUCAGUUAGUCGAUCAGUGAAGGCUCUAGAGUCUAGAUUAGUUGUUCUGUUUAUGGAUUUUAUCACUCUAUUACAAUUUAUUUUGGGUUGUUUUAGCUUUGAAUAAUGAUUGCAUUAUAUCGCCUGUUAUUUACAAAAUAUACGGAAAAUUGGAUA